AUGUCACACGUUGAUCCCGCUCUUGUCUCCCUCCUCUCCCUCAAUGCAGAAACCAGCAGCAUCUCAUCAGCAGGAGGUGGCGGCUGUUCCUCAGCGAGUACAUCAAAACUCACCACAAAGAACGAAGAUGGCACCACAAGACACUACUUUCUCAAAACAGGCAAGGGCUCUUCAGCAGCAACAAUGUUUGCCGGCGAACAUCUUUCCCUCUCUACAAUCCAUUCCGUCGUCCCAACCCUCUGCCCUCWAUCCUACGGUCACGGAGAAUUCGAAGACUCCUCAAAUGCAGGAACCUUCUUUCUCAUAACAGAUUUCCUCGACCUAUCCUCUCGUUCUAGCAAAACAUCAGGCCAAUCUCUCGCCCAAAAACUCGCAAAACUUCAUACAACACCCGCUCCCAUUCCUCAAGAUCACGACACCCCUCAAUUUGGCUUCCCACUACCUACAUGUUGUGGAGAUACACAACAAGACAACACCUUCACCUCUUCUUGGGCGGAUUUUUACGCCAACCAUCGAUUGAGAUUCAUCCUCUCCGAAUCCAUUCGCAACAACGGCAAAGAUUCCAAUCUCUCCUCUUUAGUUGACGAGACCUGCGAUACCGUCAUCCCCAAUCUCAUAGGAGACUCUCACCUCAACACGGGGAGAGGAGUGAUCCCCGUAAUCGUCCAUGGAGAUCUCUGGUCAGGAAACACCUCUACAGGGAAGCUGCCUGGAAUGGAGCAUCCGGAAGCUGUAGUUUACGAUUCUUCCGCAUGUUACGCACAUUCAGAAUUCGAACUCGGAAUCAUGAAAAUGUUCGGCGGUUUUGGGCCGAAAUUCCUGGAUGAGUAUCACUCGUUGGUACCCAAAACGGAACCAGUGGGGGAAUACGAAGAUCGUGUAAAACUCUACGAACUUUAUCAUCAUCUCAAUCACUAUGCCAUGUUUGGGGGGAGCUAUAAAUCGGGAGCCAUGGCUAUUAUGAAAGACUUGAUUAAGAAGUAUGGUGGGAAGAGCGAAUUGUGA